AUGGCAAUCCUGAAGCCGCAGGCGGCGGCUUGGGCUCAACCUGUCCCCACUGGAUUUGUGAAGGUUGCAGAGACCACGACUGCCACUGAAGGUGCCCACAUUGGUUUAGAGGAUGAUGUUCCCGUUGGGUGGCAAUGUUUGCAUGUGAAGGGGCGUAUCCCACAAGCCCCGUGGCAGAUCAAGCCGGGGUGCAAUCUCUGCAGAAUCAGGCCCGAUUGCCGAGCGAAUAUCCCAAUGAGUGCCGGUGCCAUUCCGGAUGUUGAGGAGCUCCUGAACGACGGAGAUUCCUCUACACGAGAUCGCAGGCCCAUCAUGCUGCUGCUGGCCAUGGUGGCUUUGAGUCGCCCCGGCGCGGAGCGCGCGGAGCGCGCGGAGAGGCACCGCAAAGCCGCCCUGGGCGGUGCCUGA